AGAAAAAAGCCCAUUAAACCCCACCAAGCCGGCAAGCCGUGCAACUGUGCAAGCUGCCGCAGAUCUUCCCCCAAACCCCCACCGCCGCCGCAAGCACCGCCGAUCGAGCCGCACCAUGGAGGACGUCGUCACCGACGUGCCGCCGCCGUCCCGCUUCUCCCCCGACGACCUCGACAACUUCGCCGCCCCGCCGCCGCAGCCCACCCCCAUCCUCGUCGUCUCCCCGAGCCCUAGCCCACCCGCCCCGCGCCUCCUCAUCGUCCUCAUCUCCCGCACCUCCCUCGCGCUCCUCGCCUCCCCGCCGCCGCUCCACGCGUCCCUCCUCCUCCCCGACCUGCCCCUGCAGCCCCACGCGCCCGUCCGCGUCUACCUCCACCCCUCCGGCGCGCUCCUCGCCGCCGCGCACGGCGCCGUCCCCGCCCACCGCGCGCGCGCCGCCGCCAAGGCCCUCGUCUCCAAGCUCCAGCCGGAGGAGGUGCUGGUCCUGGACGCGGUCCGGAGCGCGUCGUACAGGGGCCGGCUCGCGGCCGACGAGCCCGUGGAGGGGAAGCUGGAGACCCGCGCCGCGCGGUUGCAGGGCGGGGUGGGCGCGGCCAGGGCCGUGGCGGCGCUGGCCCCGCCCGGGAGCGUGGUGGACGGGCUCGGCGCGGCGGUGCUCGCGGAGUGCGAGAUCCGGGGCAAGGCGGCCAGCAUGGUGGUGACGUGGCCGGCGGGCGCGAGGCCCGCGGAGUUCGGGGUCAUGCGGCGCGUGGCGGCGGAGCUCGGCGUCGACACCGUGAAGAUGACAGCCAGGGUCUCCGGCCGGGCCGAGCUGGAUGCGUUGUACACUUAGGAUUGAGAUGUUCUCUGUUAGUGCUUCUGAUUUCGUUUGCUGUGUCGUUGAGCCGUCUGACGAGUUGGGUUUAAGACAAUUUGGGGAGAAAUCUGAGAUGUAUCAGACGAGUUUGGAGUGAUUUGAUAUAUGAAUGAAUCUUUAACAAAUUCUGAUCU